CUGUCGGGGUUCCCUUCCCUCCCCCUUCCCCUGUUCCGCCUCCGCGUCGCGUCGCCUCGCCGCCUUCCAUUCCCGUUUAGAGCGCCCCCCUUUUUGGCCCGCGCCCCUCCCCCAAAGGGGAAGGAAAACAAAUCCCCAAUUCUUCCCCCACGGUUCUCCGCGCCCCGCCGCUGCCCCGAGUUAGCCUCUGAAUCGGAUUAAUCGUGUGUGAUUUUGUUUUUUUGGUUGGAUCGAGGCGUCGGUGAGGAUGGACGAGUUCGAGCUGGAGGAUAACCUAGAGUUCAUCCUCCAGAGCAUCCAGGAGCUCAUAGAGGACCAGGGCGACAACAACCCCUUCGGCGAGGUCAACCAGAACGAGCUCCUCGCCAACCUCGUCAACUAUGACCAGGAUAACAUGAUGCCAGACGUGUCCGCAGAGGACGUAGUGAACGGGAAGGACGUGCAGGGGAUCCCGUGGGAGAAGAUGAUGUUCCCGAGGGAUAAGUACCGUGACAUGAAGAUGAAGAGCUACAAGAAUUAUCAGAACCUCAGUUAUGCCCGGGAGGAUGCUUUGCAGGACUGCAAACAAGUGCAAAAGGAUAGCCCUUACUAUGAUUUCCAGUACAACACAAGACGUGCUCGGCCAUCAAUCGUGCAUUUUCAGUUUGCAGUUGAGGAAUCUCGUCUGGGCAACAACCAAACAUGAUGUUUAUACAGUACACGAUCAAUCAGUGACACACUGGUCGUCACUGGACCAGAUAAGCACUGAGCUAAUCAAUGGUGAUGAUUGCAUUGUACCGAAACAGAGAGGACAUGGUUCGCAAUCUGUUGCAAUGGUCCAGUUCACAACUAUGGCGGUAGAUGAUAAUUUAUUGAUACUUGGUGGUUUUCAAGGGGAGCUUAUAUGCAAGCGCCUGGAGGAUGAUGGGAUUGUUUUCAGCACAAGAGUUACAGAUGAUGAGAAUGCUAUUACCAACUCUUUGGAGAUCUACCAGGAUCCCAGUGGAUCAAGACGGUUGGUGGCUGCUAAUAAUGACUGCUCUGUCAGAAUUUUUGAUACCGAGUACUUUGAUCUCCUUAAGCACUACGUCUUCCCGUGGUCUGUAAAUAGUGUUUCGGUGAGUCCCAACGGGAAACUCUUUGCUGUCCUUGGUGAUCAUGAGGAUGGAUUGGUAGUGGAUCCCAACUGUGGCAAGGCGAUUGGUAAGCUUAGUGGGCAUUUGGAUUACUCAUUCUCAUCUGCCUGGCAUCCGGAUGGCAACAUCUUGGCUACUGGGAGUCAAGACACAACAUGUCGGCUGUGGGACAUAAGAAACCUAUCAGAAUCCUUAGGGGUGCUUGGCGGAAGGGUCGGCUCAAUACGUUGUAUCAAAUUCUCUCCAGAUGGGCGCUUUCUGGCAACAGCAGAGCCUAUAGAUUUCGUCCAUAUCUACGACUCUUGGGCAGAUUAUGGCAAAUCUCAUGAAAUUGACUUCUUCGGUGAAAUUGCUGGUUUGUCAUUUAGCCCAGACACCGAGGCCUUCUAUAUUGGUGUAGCGGACCAAACAUAUGGAGGUCUAAUGGAGUUCAAGAGGAGGCAUCAACAUCAUUACGUGAACUGCAUGUGGUGAUGUCUUUUGUUUAGCAUGAUUUGCUUUUCUAGUACAUUCCUUCAGAUGCGAUUGAUUGAUCGUUUAACUGCUGCAAAAACUGCAUGGUUCUAGUGAAGGCAACCAACAAAGAAGCUCAUUGAAGCAGUUGCUGCCGUUAGUGACUCGCUGCAACGUCGGAAGCUUCUCCAGAUGAAUGAUCUGGAGCUGUAUAAAUUUCUGAGUUUACCUUUGGAUCUAGAUGUCUGGGUUAACUUUUGCUCUCUAGCAACUCAUGGAUAUAGUUAUAUGUAUAUACUUCCAUUCCAUUUCGCCAGAUCAGUGUACAUAGUCGGUGCUUUAUCUGGACGAUCACUUCCCCGUUCUCUA